AUGGAGAAUCUGGGGCACGAGGAUCGAUCCCAUGUGUAUUGCUGGCCGCCUCCGAUCAUUGCGCUACACACACCCCUUUUGUGCUCCACCACUGCUAAUAAAACAAUUUUCUACGGCAUGUCGCUAGUGGAUCUGUCAAGGCGCACCUUUUUCUCGUUUCGGGAGAAAAGUGCGAUCGAUACUAUUUUAAGUUUGGAUCCGAAAUCCUACUAUUGUACUGUUAAUGGCGAACUGGUGCAGAAUUUCCACCAAAGAGUUGGCCACUUCACCAACGACGAUUUGUUUCAGCUACAUUUCCGAUUACAUGGAGGGAAAGGAGGCUUCGGUUCUCUUCUACGAUCAUUUCGUGUCAAUAAAAGCACAAAUCAGUUGAUGUGCCGCGAUUUAAAUGGUCGUAGGUUGGCGUCCAUAGAAGAAGAACAGAAACUACGAAGGUGGAUUGAGAGAGCUGCUGAACGUGAGAAGGAGAAACUGGAGAGAAGAAAUGCCAAAUAUGAGAAGCUGAAGUCUGGACCACCUAAGCACAUGUUUCACGAUCCCGACUACAUCCGUCAAAAAGAGUCAAUCAUAGAAAAAACGGAAGAAGCAUUCGAACAAGGUUGUUUUGAGAUCUUUUACGUGCUCUAUCACAGUUCGAAUGUGGAAACCUGGACAGGAUUUCAUCUUUUCCUACUGUUUUCAAAAUUCAGGGAAAGCGACUCCGAUUCAGAUUUUGACGAAGAUGAUGAUAUUGACCCUGACCUUGUUAACGAAAUUCGAGAGUAUUUCUCUAGUAAGCCACAGGAAAUCGCAGCUGCCAACGGUGGUGUUCUUUGUGGAUCGAAAAUUAAAGCUGGACGUUCAGUGAGUCACGAAAAUCAAGUAAGCAUAUGCAAUCUUUUAAGUAAUUUGAAUAUGAGGUGGUACUGUGUGGCAGAUGUAACUGGUCUAACCAUUAUGAAUAAGUCAACGCUUCCAACGGCUCACCGUCCUGUCGUGGUUGGGAGGCGUUCUUCGGGCCUCGGUGUUGGGCUGCGAUGUACAAGAAGGGAGAAGGAUUCAUUCCCCGGCAGAACCUCCCACGCUGAGGAGUCCGGCGUUCCCAUCAGGAAGCCUAGCUAA